GUGCGCUGCCCCACCAUCCGCUACCACAAGAAGGUCCGGGCGGGCAGGGGCUUCAGCCUCGAGGAGCUCAAGCUGGCUGGCAUUAACAAGCGUUUCGCCCGGACGAUCGGCAUCGCGGUGGACCCGCGGCGCAGGAACAAGUCCACGGAGUCGCUGCAGGCCAACGUGCAGCGCCUGAAGGAGUACCGCUCCAGGCUCAUCCUCUUCCCACGCAGGCCCGCCAUGCCCAAGAAGGGAGACAGCCCCGCUGAGGAACUCAAGAUGGCAACUCAGCUGACUGGGCCAGUGAUGCCGAUCAAGAAUGUGUUCAAGAGGGAGAAGGCCCGUGUCAUCUCCGAGGAGGAGAAGAACUUCAAGGCCUUCGCCAGCCUGCGCAUGGCCCGCGCCAACGCCCGGCUCUUCGGCAUCCGCGCCAAGCGCGCCAAGGAGGCGGCGGAGCAGGACGUGGAGAAGAAGAAGUGA